CAUUCAAGACCGCACGCUGGGACCUCUCAUCCCGGCGGCCAGCGGCCGCAGCUGCUCCGAGCACUACCAGCAGCGCCGUAGAAGAUGCCGCUGAGGUGCACCGCCACCACCUGCAGUAGAGGAAGGCCGCCUCGCACUAGCCCCGCUGCCGCGGCCUCACUCGCGCGCCGGUCGUGGUGGCCUGGGCGGACAACGCGCGUCUUCGCUGGACAACUGCGCCGUUUGCAGGCUUAUCCGUCCGAUCAGUAUCACACGGUGCAGAACGUCCCUUGGAGAAGAGGAAAGAAAAAUACCAGUAAAACCUCCUCGCCCCCACGGACCUGAGCCGCCUCCGCCGCCCUCGCGCCUCGCCGCCGGAGAAGCGCCGCUCGCUCAGGAGCCAUGGCACCGGAACCGGAGGAUGAGAUCAUGAACGAGAAGAACCCUCGCCCCUUGGACGAGGACGACAUCGCCCUCCUCAAAACAUAUGGGCUUGGGCCGUACUCGACCAGCAUAAAGAAGGUCGAGAAGGAGAUCAAGGAAAUGGCUAAGAAAAUCAAUGACCUUUGUGGGAUAAAGGAGUCUGAUACAGGGCUGGCUCCACCUAGCCAGUGGGAUUUGGUUUCAGAUAAACAGAUGAUGCAAGAAGAACAGCCAUUACAAGUAGCAAGGUGUACAAAGAUUAUAAGCCCUAAUACGGAUGAUGCCAAAUAUGUUAUAAAUGUAAAACAAAUUGCAAAGUUUGUGGUUGGACUGGGGGAUAAGGUCUCUCCAACUGAUAUCGAGGAAGGGAUGAGGGUCGGUGUUGAUCGUAACAAGUACCAGAUUCAGAUCCCUCUUCCACCAAAAAUUGACCCAAGUGUUACCAUGAUGACUGUGGAGGAAAAGCCAGAUGUGACUUACAACGAUGUUGGUGGCUGCAAGGAGCAGAUUGAGAAGAUGCGUGAAGUUGUUGAACUUCCUAUGCUUCACCCAGAAAAGUUUGUCAAGCUUGGUAUUGACCCUCCUAAAGGCGUCCUUUGCUAUGGUCCACCUGGUACUGGCAAGACUCUUCUUGCAAGAGCUGUAGCAAAUCGGACUGAUGCUUGUUUCAUCCGUGUAAUUGGAAGUGAGCUAGUUCAGAAGUAUGUCGGAGAAGGUGCUCGGAUGGUCAGGGAACUGUUCCAGAUGGCCCGCUCAAAGAAAGCAUGCAUUGUUUUCUUCGAUGAAGUUGAUGCUAUUGGUGGUGCUCGUUUUGAUGAUGGGGUCGGUGGUGACAAUGAGGUGCAGCGAACAAUGUUGGAAAUAGUAAACCAGCUUGAUGGGUUUGAUGCAAGAGGGAACAUCAAAGUCCUCAUGGCCACUAAUAGGCCUGAUACCUUGGAUCCUGCGCUUCUGCGUCCUGGUCGUCUGGACAGAAAGGUAGAAUUCGGGCUACCUGACCUGGAGGGCCGUACUCAAAUUUUCAAGAUCCAUACACGAACCAUGAACUGCGAGCGAGAUAUUCGUUUCGAGCUUCUGGCACGUCUCUGCCCCAACUCUACUGGAGCGGAUAUAAGGAGCGUUUGCACAGAAGCUGGGAUGUAUGCCAUCCGUGCCCGCAGGAAAACGGUGACAGAAAAGGACUUCCUCGAUGCUGUCAAUAAGGUCAUCAAGGGCUACCAGAAAUUCAGUGCAACACCCAAGUAUAUGGUGUACAACUAGUCAGUGCGUCUUCAUGGGAUUUGUUGUUUUCAGAACUCUGGAUCUUUUUGAUGAUUGUAUCAUCAUGGGGAUUCUAUGCAAAGAUUGUUGUUUGUUUAGCAAAUUGGAUCCCCAGUGACUGUAACCUGUACCACAUGUUUUUAAGAUAAGGUUCUCCGCUCGGCGAUUCAUGUUGCUCGUGUUUAUGACUGAUGAUGUGCACAUGACGCAAAGUUCAUUCGGAGAACUCACGAAAUGUAAAUCUCAGGCAACGCAGGUGGUUGUUGCUCUGA